AAUUGGGUAAAUGUAUUUGCCACAACCUCAUAUUAUCGUUUCUCGAAAGAAACUUACGAAGCUUGACAAGGGAGACCGCACUACUCGGUGUCAAAGAGUCUCUUGUGUUCGGAAGAAUGUAAGAUUUUUUUCAAAAACUUCUGACAGUGACGAGAGAAAAGGUUCUGGCGCCGUAUCCGCCAUACGGUGGUGCGAUAAACAGUCACGACUUGAUAUUAAUUUCUUCAGAGACCAUAAACUAGAGAAAGGUUAUGUUUUAGAAAAAAAUCGUUCAGACACUAUUAUUUUGUGGUUUCGAGACCUGUUCCGUCUAGACGAUCACCCAGCGUUGAUUGAAGCAGUUGAAGAAGUCUCCCCAAACAAAUAUUUAUUACCUGUACUUAUCGUCCCUUUCCAAGUCAACCAGUCACCUCAACUACUUUCAGUUGUCUUGGAUCUUCAAGCUUCACUCAGACGGCGUGGAAGCGACCUGUUAGUAAUCGAGAAUGGUGACUGUGCAAGACUGCGAUCGAUUGUUUUGGAAACCGGUGCUACUAAAGUAUAUAUGACACCUUGUAGUGAAACUUGCACUGAUUUUCAGUUGAAUCUUUUUCUGCAAAAACGAGUUAUGGAUACUUUUGCAUUCUCAGGAGCAAGCUUGCAACUAGUAUCAGAUAACGAUAGAGUCGUGAACCACUGCAGUUUAAGUCGUGAUAAGCCUAUGUCUUGUCCACCUACUCUGCCAAAAACUCCAAAUGCCUGCUCCAAAUGGAUGCCUGUAUUUAACGAUAUUUAUAGAAGUACAACUUCUUCUAAAAACAGAAGCCAUUCUAUUAGUGAAACUUUUGCCCGUCGUAAAUUAGACAGGCUAUUGAAACUUUUAAGUUGUGAAGACUUUGACUGCUUUCAUUCUAUAUUUUUGCAUCUUUGCAAGUGGUUACAAAAGGAGCUCCUGUUGGGAGUCGUUUCGAAGAUCCGAAUUUAUUUUGAAUUAAGGAAGCAUGUGAAUGCAAACUAUCUAACUAAGAUGACGUGGCUGAGAGGUACUUCUGCUUCGGUUGGUAUGUUAUCCAUCAUAUUAUUUAGUCAUGCUGGCAACAUUCAUAACGCAAACGCUUCUUCUAAUAUGAUUCCUGCAAUGGCAUAUGACGUUGAAGGUUCCAAGAGAAGAUCCUUAGAAUGGGACGAGAGUAGUGCCCGCUUCAAGCUCGCAAGUCAUGAUGAGGAAGGUCUUGAUUGGAGUACAAGUUGGAAGACUUGGUUGACAAAAAGAAUAGAGUUUCUAAGACAGUCAUUCUUUCCAGAAGGUGUUAGUCAAGAUUAUUAUUCAUUCACAAUGUGGAGAGUAUUUCAGAGACUCGUUAGUUCCACAGUUGGAGUUUUUGGAACUCAAGCACUAUUAUUGGCUUUAGGAAUUAAAGCUGGCCGCAUAGGUCGUGCAGCUGCAACUUCUUGGGUACUAAAAGAUGGUUUAGGAAGACUUGGCAAAAUGGUUUGGGCUAGCCAAAUGGGUCGUGACUUUGAUGCGGAUCCGAAGCGAUGGCGUUUUCGUUCUGCUUUAUUGUACGCUCUGGGUAAUGGCUUAGAAAUAGUUACUCAAAUAUUUCCUGCUUCAUUUCUGUUAUUUGCAACAUUGGCAAAUUCUAUGAAACAAAUUUCAAUGUUGACUGCUUCGGCAACUAGAAAUGCAAUGUAUAAGAAUUUUGCAGGAAGAAGUGAGAACAUCGCAGAUAUUACAGCUAAGGGCGAAGCUCAGAUUGUGGUUGCAGAUUUAUUGGGAAUGGCAUUAGGAAUCCAACUAAGUAAGUUGAUCGGAACCAGUCGCCCAAAUGUUUUGACGGCCUACAGUUUCUUAUCUGUUUUGGAUAUUUAUGCUUUUUAUAAGGAAUUGAGAGCUGUUCAGUUCCGAACAUUAAAUUAUGAACGUUCUAGUAUGAUUGUAGAUUAUUUUGUUCGAAGAGGAUACGUUCCCAGACCUGAUGAAGUGAGUCAAAGAGAGAAUAUAUUCUUAGGACCUCGUUAUGAUGUUCGUUCGAUGUUUGCAUCAUUGUCAGAUGCAGUUUCCUGUCCACAAGAACUUAAUAGUUUGAUAAAGAUCUUCAAAGGAGAGCAGUUUAUGGUGACUCGAGGUUGGAACGGUCAGUACCGAAUCGUAUUAAGAGAACACGCUCGAAAUGGCGAUAUUCUACGAGCACUACUGACUUUAGGAUUUUUAAAGGAGGAAUUGCGGCAAAGGAAGCGACUGACUUGGAAUUCAUCAAAGAGAAUUCCGUUUUUACACUCUUUCGUGUCACGGAUGGAAAACGACUGCUGGUGGAGCUCUUCGCAAAUACCACCUGAUGAUCAGGUACCUGAAGUUAACAAGGAAAGUCUUCGUUCUAGUCGACAAUUGAAUCGAGUUAAGAAGAGUAGCUCAUCCAGUCCAGAUAAAGAACGCUUAGAGGAGAAGCUAGAGGCUAUCAAUUGUUCAUAUACGAAAUGCAAAGACUACUAUCAACAUUUUAUUAGUCAGCUCCAUAAAGAAGGUUGGAAUGCUGAUCGUUUGCUAUACAGUCCUGUGAAAAGGCGAGCAGUUUGGUAGUAUAACUAUGAUAAGAACAACUGCUUAGUUGAUGGAAGAAACUACGACAAUAAAUGUACUUUUUUGAAG